GCGAUUUUGAUGUUUUUUAUUUGGGUUUUUGAGUCCUACGAGAGGGGAACUGGGGCCGAAAUGGCCUUUUGUUUCACCUGUCCGCAGUAACAGUCCCAGAAGUCUUUGCGAAAGUUAAGUCAGCCAAGUUUCCUGCUCGUAUUUUCACAAAGCCGCCGAUUAUGCACCUUUUUUCCCUUAAAACAUUUUGCAUAACCAUUGUUUUCGAUUUCUCUUGGGACGACCGUAACACCCAGGAGAAACUGGAAUCAUUCAAUGCUUACGCAAAAUUUUGGGGGGUAAGCAAGGUGCAUUAUUGUCUAUGCGAAAAUGGUGAAUGAGAAAAAUGGAAAUAAACUGCGAAUGCUGCGGGAAACAAACUUACAUGAGUGUCACCGCUUUACCUUUUUAAGUAAAAUACCACAACAAAUCUACCACGAGAGAAACUUCUCCGCAAAAAUACAUUUCCUAUUGUGUAUGUAACCAUGACCAUUAUCUUAUCCAGAAACCUGUGGUUAAGGCGACGUAUCGUCGUUUUACUGAGGCAGAUUAUCGAAACUACUUACGGAGACAGAAUCAAUAGGUAAGAGAUAACUUGAACUAAUUUUGGAGGCCUUCAAUUGAGCGAUACAGAUUUUCAGUAAUAUAGUUGACUCUUUCUUAACAGACACCUGUAUAAAAUAGACACCUCGGUACAAGGGACACCUAGAGUUGGUGCAUGCCUUUUUUUAAUCCCUUCAAGGUGUCCGUCGUGCAGAGAGUUGACUGAAUUCAGAGACGAUUCGUGUCCUUUCAUAUUUCCUCUUUCAGAAAAAUCGUCGAUUAUGUAAACUACGCAACGUCUGCAGAACAAAUAGCAGAAUAUGUCAAAGUGUUUAGGUAAGAAAAUUUCAGUUUUAUUUCAAACGGGCAAUUAAGGAAGGUUUGGACUUGGUGUUGAAAAUAUUCAUAUUUUAUGUUGAAGGGAUUCCUUCUGGCCUGGGGGAAUUUUGGCCGAAACAUCUCCAGAGAGGAAGAAAGAUGUGAAAGUAAGAACACGAGUUGCUGCUAAAACAAAGAUGUUUGGCAGUAUACCAGGUAUAUAUAUAUUCUUUCUUCUGUGCGCUUUUCUCUUCGUGCAAGUUAAUUGAAGCAGUUUCUGGAUCUGAAAUACUUUUGAGUUUCAAUUUCAAGAUCAAAUGGGAGGGGUGUGGACUGUUACCUCUUUAUGUUGGGGAGUUUAUGUGUCAUUCUAUCGCGCCGACACUGGUGAUAGGUUCCGCCGGCCAUCAAAUAACCAAGGACCUGAAGACAGAGGUCUGGAGGGAUGCUGGAGCUACCACCAUGGAUAAAGGGUCACGGGAACGAUAAGAUGACAUGGAUUUUUCUACCAUUAACAAAACGUUUUGGCAAUGCCCGUUUGGAAAGUCAAAAAUACACGACUUUUCCUGUCGUUCUAUUUGAAUUUCUCUGAAAGAUACGGAACGUCCAAAACGGUAGUCCUGUUUUCGUAGUCGGAAUGUGCCAAAUGGAAAUAACCCAUCUUUAGAACUAAUUUCUGGCUUUCGUAGUUUCGUCCCGAAAGGAAAUUAACCUGUCCUAAAUGGUGUUUACCAUUUGCCCAAACUGUGCAUCGACUGGUUACCCGUGUAAAUGGGAAACACUCGCAACUAAUAAAAACGUUACGAUGAUGACAUUGAAGUAUUGUGUUUGCAGUAAAAUUUUCCCCUAGUGCAUAUUUUCUUCAUUAUUUAACAGCACUGAAGUUCAGUCUUGAAGGUGUUUUUCUUUUGACGUUCGUUUACAGUCUUCUUUGAUGUUUUUUUUAGAGGAAUUAAAGCGCUUUCUUGGGUCAGAAGUGACAAUGGAAGGAGUUUGUCGGUAAUUAUGUUUCAUAUUUCGGUAUUCUUGUGUGUAAAGGUGCGCUAAAACGGGUAACAAAAACGUGUAACUUGUUUUGCAACAUUGCUGUAUAACGAGGUGAAUAGCGGUGUUGCGCGUUUUACCACCCACGAAUCAAACCUAGAUUGAGUAGUUCUACGUCUUGCCACAAACUCUGUACAAGUUGCGCGUUUUACCGGUCCAAGGCAAACUUGUUUUGCAAUCAGUGACGUAACUCCCCGUGUAUGUUGUGACUCUCGCGUUAUUUUAUCCAAUCAGAAGUCAGUAUUCACGCAACUUGGAACAACCUGAUUUGUUGCAGGACAGGUUUGAACGUGGGAGGAAAACGCGCAACAUUGCAUUUCAACUCAUUUUGCAGCAAUGUUGCAAAACAAGGUGCACGUUUUUGUUGCCCGUUUUACCGUAGUUUAAUUUUGUACAGUUCAAACAAAUAUUUGUUUUUUCGCUUAUGCUUAUCUUGAAUUUCCCAACAUUUAUCUUGGCAGGGUGUUCGACACUUUUCAAUAUUCCAGUUUAAACAAGCGUCUCCUGUAUGUAUUAUGGGAAGGAAUUCUAGAGUUACUUUUUCCUGACAACAAGUUCAACGACAUCUUCCUCAAAAUUCAUGCAAAACCCAAGACGUAAUGGCGACGUGGUC